AUGCUCUCGUCCCUGCGCCAGCCGCUCCUGCGCCGCGCCUUGUCGUCGCACGCGCUGCCGUUUGCCGCCGCCUCCAACGUCCUCGACGGCCGCAUCAACACCAAGUCAGCCGACUUUGUCGACAGCAUGAAGCGCAUGAACGACCUCACGGCCGAGCUCAAGGCUCGCCUCGACAAGACGCGCCUCGGCGGUGGUGAGGCGGCGCGCGCCAAGCACGUUGCCCGCAACAAGCUUCUCGUGCGCGAUCGCAUCGACUCGCUCUUGGACCCGGGCAGUCCGUUCCUUGAGCUCUCGCCCUUGGCCGCCAACGGCAUGUACGGCACCGACGUGCCCGCGGCCGGCAUCGUCACGGGCAUUGGUCGCAUCAACGGCAUCGAGUGCAUGAUUCUCGGCAACGACGCGACUGUGAAGGGUGGCACGUACUUUCCGAUGACGGUCAAGAAGCAUCUGCGCGCGCAGGAGAUUGCGCGCGAGAACCGCCUGCCGUGCAUCUACAUGGUCGACUCGGGCGGUGCGUUCCUGCCGCUCCAGGCCGAGAUCUUCCCGGACAAGGAGCACUUUGGCCGCGAGUUUUACAACCAAGCCAUCAUGUCGUCUGAGGGCAUUCCGCAGAUCGCGGUCGUCAUGGGCAGCUGCACGGCCGGCGGGGCGUACGUCCCGGCCAUGUGCGACGAGAGUGUCAUUGUCCAGGGCAACGGCACGGUCUUCCUUGCCGGUCGUCUCGGCCGAGGAGCUUGGUGGGCCGACGUGCACUGCCGCACGUCCGGCGUGACGGACCACCUCGCCAAGAACGACGCGCACGCGAUCGACAUUGUGCGCCGCAUCGUGUCCAACUUGAACCAUGAGAAGAAGCCGGACAUGACGCUGACGCCGGUCGAAGAGCCCGCGUUUAGCCCGGAAGAGCUCGGCGGUAUCAUCCCCGUCGACUCGCGCAAGCCGUUUGACGUGCGCAAGGUCAUUGCGCGCAUCGUCGACGGCUCCAAGUUUGACGAGUUCAAGCAGCACUACGGCACGACGAUCGUCACAGGCUUCGCGCGCCUCUACGGCCGCCCGAUCGGUAUCAUUGCCAACAACGGCAUUCUCUUCUCCGAGUCGAGCGUGAAGGCCGCGCAUUUCAUCGAGCUCUGCACGCAGCGCCAGAUCCCGCUGCUGUUUCUCCAAAACAUUACCGGCUUCAUGGUCGGCAAGAAGGCCGAGCACGGCGGUAUCGCCAAGGACGGCGCGAAACUCGUGACCGCUGUCUCGUGCGCCAAGGUGCCCAAGGUGACGGUCAUCAUUGGCGGCAGCUACGGCGCGGGCAACUACGGCAUGUGCGGCCGCGCCUUCUCGCCGCGCUUCUUGUACAUGUGGCCCAACGCGCGCAUCUCGGUCAUGGGCGGCGAGCAGGCCGCGGGCGUGCUGGCGACGGUCCAGCGCGACAACCUCGAGCGCGCCGGCAAGACGUGGUCGGCGGAAGAAGAGGCUGCGUUCAAGCAGCCGACGCUCGAAAAGUACGAGGCCGAGAGCUCGGCGUACUACUCGACGGCCCGCCUCUGGGACGAUGGCAUCAUCGACCCGAAGGACACGCGCAAGAUCCUGGGCCUCAGCUUCAGCGCCGCGCUCAACGAAAAGCCCGAGCCGACCAAGUUUGGCGUCUUCCGUAUGUAG